CCGCCAACCAAUCGGACUCUGAUGGCCCGCCUUUUCCGCUCGGGUAAAGCGAACCCCCAGAGCGUCUUCCGGCGGGAGCUGUACGGCUCCUUACCAUGGGGACAAUUCAUCUCUUUCGAAAGCCGCAGAGAUCUUUUCUUGGGAAGUUACUACAGGAAUUUAGACUUGUAGCAGCUGACCGCAGGUCCUGGAAGAUCCUCCUCUUUGGUGCAGUCAACGUGCUGUGCACGGGCUUCCUGCUGAUGUGGUGCAGCUCUACCAACAGCAUAGCUUUAACUGCUUAUACUUACCUCACCAUUUUUGAUCUUUUUAGUCUAAUAACAUGUUUGAUAAGCUACUGGGUAAUGAUGAGGAAGCCUAGCCCUGUCUAUUCAUUUGGGUUUGAAAGAUUAGAAGUCCUGGCUGUGUUUGCGUCUACCGUCUUGGCACAGUUGGGAGCUCUCUUUAUACUAAAAGAAAGUGCAGAACGUUUUUUGGAGCAGCCUGAGAUACACACGGGAAGAUUAUUAGUUGGUACUUUUGUGGCUCUUUCUUUCAACCUGUUUACAAUGCUUUCUAUUCGGAAUAAGCCUUUCGCUUAUGUCUCUGAAGCUGCUAGUACGAGCUGGCUUCAAGAGCAUGUGGCAGACCUUAGUCGAAGUUUGUGUGGCAUUAUCCCAGGACUCAGCAGUAUCUUCCUGCCCCGUAUGAAUCCGUUUGUCCUGAUUGACCUUGCUGGGGCAUUUGCUCUGUGUAUAACAUACAUGCUGAUUGAAAUUAAUAAUUACUUUGCUGUAGACACCGCAUCUGCGAUAGCCAUUGCCCUGAUGACCUUCGGCACCAUGUAUCCCAUGAGUGUGUACAGUGGGAAAGUCCUUCUCCAGACUACACCACCUCAUGUUAUUGGUCAGUUGGACAAGCUGAUCAGAGAGGUAUCUACCUUGGAUGGGGUCUUAGAAGUCCGAAAUGAACACUUUUGGACCCUUGGAUUUGGCUCAUUGGCUGGGUCAGUCCAUGUAAGAAUCCGACGUGAUGCAAAUGAACAGAUGGUCCUUGCUCAUGUGACCAACAGGCUGUGCACACUUGUGUCUACUCUGACAGUUCAGAUUUUCAAGGAUGAUUGGGUGAGGCCUGCCUUACUGUCUGGGCCCGCGACACCCAGCGUGCUGCACUUCUCAGACCAUCACGUCAUCCCGAUGCCUCUCCUAAAGAGUGCCGAUGCCGUGACCCCAGUCACAUCAACACCAGCCAAACCCAGCAGCCCGCCUCCGGAGUUUGCAUUCAAUACCCCUGGGAAAAACGUGAGCCCGGUGAUUCUCCUGAACACACAGACGAGGCCGUAUGGUUUGGGUCUCAAUCGUGGACACACACCAUACAGCAGUGUGCUCAGCCAAGGACUCACAGUUCCAGGAUUUGGAGCAGGCCAGGGAUUGAGGCCCCCCUUCCCACAUAUACCGAGUAGGUAUGGAAACAACAGGAUGGGACAGCCAAGACCUUGAAGGACUCUAACUUAUUUUUAUGGAGACUAUUGGCUCCUUGGCUUCCAGUGUACUUAGUAAUCCACCUUGCGUUGACUGUUCAACCAUUUGUCAGAUUACUGCAGGCUUGUUCAUAUUUCAUGAAACCCAUAAACUAUAUUUUUGUAAAAUGUUCUUGUGGCAGUGAGGUCUUUGAAAAUGUCCUGGGUGUUAGGUGGGCGUCCUUCAGAAAGCCCCUUUCUCUAAGCUUGCACAUUGGCUGUUUGUAGCUGCCCACAGUGUGGUGUGACCUGACCUGACCUCCGAGAGCAGAGCCAUGUGCCCCUUCCUAAGAACACUCCAUCCCUCCGGUGCUCCGUGUGUGCUGCCCCUUUAGGAAAUGAAGCAUCGGUGUCCACUUGAAAAGUCAGAGUCUCUUUUACAGCUUUUCUAAGCUUAGUUGGCACAUUAUUUUGAGGUCCUCCUGAUCAUUUUUUGCUAAAUAAAAAGUAAAAGUUUUUAUCAGAAAUUGUGAGACAUACUCUACUACAUAGCACAGUUUAACUCUUUUUAGUCUUCUGAAGCAGGGCCUUGCUGUAUAGACCAGGCUGGCUUCAAACUCAUAAUCCUCCUGCCUCAGUCUUCCAAGUGCUGGGAUUGUAGCCACCAUACAGGUAUAUUCUACAUUUUUAAAUAAUGAGUUUUGAAUAAAGUUUUUCCAUUUACAAAUGUA